AAGGUCGGCGAGAUGGCUCAGCGGGUAAAGGACACACCACCAAGCCUGAGUAUCCGGGUAGCUUCCCCUGAAAGGUGGGAGGAGGGAACAGAGCCAUACACAGUACUUUGCCCACUACACCUGCGAAUGCAGGAGGGUUUCGAAGCUGUUUUUCCGAAAACCCCACAGGCUCACUCCACGAGGAUUCAUCCCGCAUAACGAUGCCGCAGCGAGGGCAUAGCAUAAGAAAAGGAAAACAUAAUCACUGGGUCCAGCGGAGGGACGUUGGGACUCUAAGGUGACCGCUCAGAGGACGGCUGUACCAACCACAGAAGUAUCAACGACAACGCUAGGGCGGGAAGUGCCCGGAAUGAAGGGGUGUGGUCUGCGAUGGAGGCUCCGCCCCGGAAGCCCAUUUGCUCCCGCCAAGACGGUCGGCCCUUAUCCUUAUAAGGAUAUCCGGAAGUAGCUCGCGGCGCCGCCCUACGUCACUACACCCAAAUUUAGCCAGGGAAGUCGGCCGGCUGCAGUGGCGGGAAGUCUACGCGUUGGUGUGGGGGUGUUCCUUAAAGGGCAAGCGCAGCAAGUGACAGGCACUGUUAUAACUUUUUUACCCCUUUGCAUCUAGAAUCAGGUUUUCUUAGGCGAGUGGCGCGGGGUGGAACCGACGUGUAUUUGUCUUUGUGUAUCUGUGUGUGUGUGUUUUCGCGCGCGCAAUCAAACUCCGGUCGUCAGGCUUGGCAGCCAGUGAUUCUACCCACUGAGCCUUCUCGUUGGCACUGAUACCUUUCUUGGGGUAAUUCGGCCUCCCGGGGUGCGAAGGGUGCUCAUUGGGGCUUCCGCGGCACUGGGUUGCGGGAAGCUGGGGGAUGUUCAACGCUGAGCGUGAGCGCUGUGAGGUGGCUCCCUCCAGGGUCAGCCAGCGUCGUCCGCGCCAACUUUCCACCCAUGUCCGCGAGGAUGGAGGUUCGAGGGCUGCCGGCCUCAGUUGCUUGCUUCCUUGUUUAGUAAAUAUUGGUUGGGUGAUCGCCGUCAGGUCUCUCACCUGGAAAAAGUAGACCUAACUGUGCCUUCUGAGGAGGAGGGACCAGAGACGCUGAGUAAAGAGAAAGCGAACAGCCCCGGCGUGUUUAAUAUGCAGCAGAGUCUUCACUGUUCAGAAACCACUAACUAGCUGGCUGGUAGGCGCGGUGAACAGUGCCCUCGGGGAGUGGGCCCCUUCCCGGGCCUUCCCCACUGCAACGGGGAGAUGGCCACCCGUUGGCUACCGGGUGGGCCUCGCUGGCGGGGAACCCAGGCCAACCUGGGGUCUCAAGGCGCGGUGGGGAACUUCUUCCUUGCCAGGAUCUAAGACCCUUCUCCUCCGAGGCGUAAAUUUGUCUCUACGGCUUUAAGGAGUCUCAGGCCACUGUGGAAAGCCCGGAUGAGGCCUUCUGACUGGGCGUGGCGUCUCCGUGACGUCAUCCUGGUUCUAUUAAAAGGGCUCCGGCGCGCUUCCCGGGCCGGAACUUCUAGCAGUGCUCGUGCCGGAGCGAGUUUGUCGUCUGGCAGCAUCGCCCGUCUCAAACCAUUCCCGGCUUUGCUCCGAGAUCUCGUCGAGCGAGCAGGCAUGGAAGCGCAGAAGGAAGCGCAGCGCAUCAUGACCCUGUCGGUGUGGAAGAUGUACCACUCUCGCAUGCAGCGAGGCGGCCUGCGUCUGCACCGGAGUCUGCAGCUGUCCCUCGUCAUGCGUAGCGCUCGGGAGCUCUACCUUUCAGCCAAGGUGGAGGCCCACCAGCCCGAGUUCCCGCCGUCUGGCGGUACUCUGGACCCUCGCCUGCGCCCACCGCGGGAAGCCGACGCUGCAAUGGGCGCGGCGCCCCCCGACGCCGAGCAGCUCCCGGAGCCCAUGGACACGCAAGAGGAAGCGCCGCGAGCCCCGGAGACCCCUGCGCGCUGUGACCCGCCCCCCGCCAGAGUCAGCCGCAAGCGCCGGAGCAGCAGCCACCCGAGCGACGGCGGUGACGCCGGACUGGUCCCAAGUAAGAAGGCCCGCCUAGAGGAGGCGGCGAGGGAGGAGGCGCCGGAGGUCGCCGAUCGCCUGCCGCUUCCUCCCGCACAAACCGAAGGUGCCUUCCCCAAUCUCGCCCGCGUCCUCCAAAGGCGCUUCUCGAGUCUGCUGAACUGCGGGCCCUCCGGGUCCCCGCCGACGCCCCCCGCUUGCGAGGCCAAGCCGGCCUGCCGCCCGGCCGACAACAUGCUCAGCGUGCUGGUGCGAGCCGUGGUGGCCUUCUGAGCAUUCCGAGCAGCGUCGCCGGAGCCAGCAACGCACACCCGAGGCCAGGGCCGGCUGGGGAAGGUCGGCGGGGCCCGUGAGGAAGAGCCGCGGCCCGGGCUGCCGGAGGCCCGGGAGGACUGAGGAGCUGGGGCGCGUGCGCCGCCCCACGGACGUGCGCCCACGGGUGCUGUUGAAGGACUGUCCCCUACCCGGCGGGGAGAAGGGACGCCUGCAUCUGGAAUCUCAGGGUCGGACAUCCCGGCCGCCUGGCUGCCCUUGCAAGGCCGUGUCGCUCGCAGGCGCGUUUCGGCCCCGACAAGUGGCACGCUUGUGCAAGCGGUCGUAGUUGCGUCACGGGGCAGACGCGGGUGCUUCCUGUUGCCUUGCGUGGGUGUGGGGCCCGGGAGGAGGCCAGGGUGUGGGCCCGCCCUAGGGACUGGGAGGUGAUUUGAGUCACCUCGGCCAAGAGCCCGGACGGAUCAAACCGGUGGAGCGUCUGGAGAGCCCGGAGCUGACUGUCAGCGCAGACCCGUGUGGCGUGGGCCGCGCCGGGAAGGGGGCCGGCUGGUCGCAGUUACUUUCGUAGACCCGCCUCUAAGGCAGGCAAGGGACUCUUCUCGCCAGCGUUGUUUAUGAAGUCUGUUUACCUUUCCCGUGGUGGUUGUGAUUAACGCCCAUCUACUUGCGUUUUACAAUGUCAGCUAAGAAAAUAAAGACCGUCGGAGAAAAGA